CGGUGAGAGGCGGCGGCGGCGGCAGCCGGAGCCCAGCGAGCCGGGCCCAGGCAGGCGGCCGAGCCCCGGGGACCGGCUGUGGGGGGGCCCCGCGCCAUGCCCGGCCCUGCCCCGCGCUCUGCUCUGUUGAUGGGAUCCCAGCAGAUGUUGCCCUUCUCUGACGGUGAGCUCUCAUUCAGCACUAAGGUAUGAAGACUUUUCCUCUUGCAUAAGAAGACUUGAUUUGUUCUGGUUGAGGAAGCAGUUUGGCAGCUCACUAAAGGUUGCCAAUGUGAAAUACUGGAAGAGUAUCGUCUGAAACUUUCUGGGACAAAGAGGACUGUUUUAUUCUCUCUCAUAUUUUGAUCAAGGAGAGUGGUGCAUCCCAUAAUCUGAGAAACACAGAGUGAGAACCAAGGGCUAGAAGCUGAAACCAAAUGUGGUUGAGGGAGCUGCUGAACUCCUCCUUUCCUGAUUUUAAUACUAAGUGAAGAAGAGCCUCAAAAUACUGCAAGUAAAGACGAGGAUUUCUCCUCCUGUCCAGGGCCUGUCAUGGAUGAAGAGACUCAGCACAGCCUUGAAUGCAUCCAGGCUAAUCAGAUUUUUCCCAGGAAGCAGCUUAUCCGAGAGGAUGAGAACCUUCAGGUCCCGUUCAUUGAACUUCAUGGUGAGAGUACAGAGUAUGUAGGACGAGCAGAGGAUGCCAUCAUUGCACUUUCUAAUUACAGACUUCACAUCAAAUUCAAGGAGUCUGUUGUGAACACUGGCUGUCCAAACGAUGCUUGUGAAACCUCAGUUCCAUUGCAGCUUAUAGAAAGUGUUGAGUGCCGUGACAUAUUUCAACUUCAUUUGACUUGCAAAGACUGCAAGGUUAUAAGGUGUCAGUUUUCUACUUUCGAGCAGUGUCAAGAUUGGCUGAAGCGUCUGAACAAUGCCAUCCGCCCUCCUUCAAAGAUAGAAGACCUUUUCUCAUUUGCCUAUCAUGCUUGGUGCAUGGAGGUGUAUGCUAGUGAAAAGGAACAACAUGGAGACUUGUGUCGGCCAGGAGAACAUGUAACUUCAAGGUUUAAAAAUGAAGUGGAGAGGAUGGGUUUUGAUAUGAACAAUGCCUGGAGGAUUUCCAACAUCAAUGAGAAGUACAAGCUUUGUGGCAGUUACCCACAGGAAAUCAUAGUGCCCGCCUGGAUCACGGAUAAAGAGCUGGAGAGCGUGGCAAGCUUUCGGUCCUGGAAGCGCAUCCCUGCUGUUGUGUACAGGCACCAGAGCAACGGAGCAGUUAUUUCCCGCUGUGGACAACCUGAGGUCAGUUGGUGGGGCUGGAGGAACGCAGAUGACGAGCACCUUGUCCAGUCGGUAGCCAAAGCCUGUGCCUCAGAUUCGAGGUCCAACAGUAACAAACUAAUGAAUGGAAAUUGUUCCAGAGAUUUCUCCAAUGGAGGAGACCUCUCUGAUGUGGAAUUUGAUUCCUCCAUCUCUAAUGCUUCGGGAGCAGAGAGUUUGGCAAUACAGCCUCAGAAGCUUUUGAUCUUAGACGCACGAUCCUACGCAGCAGCUGUGGCAAACAGAGCCAAAGGUGGAGGCUGUGAGUGCCCAGAGUAUUAUCCAAACUGUGAAGUAGUAUUCAUGGGAAUGGCAAACAUUCAUUCUAUCCGGAAGAGCUUUCAGUCCCUGCGUUUGCUCUGCACACAAAUGCCAGAUCCAGGAAAUUGGUUAUCAGCUCUGGAAAGUACCAAGUGGCUGCAGCACUUAUCUGUUCUUCUGAAGUCUGCGCUACUCGUGGUUCAUGCUGUGGACCGAGACCAGCGACCUGUCUUGGUGCACUGCUCCGAUGGCUGGGACCGAACCCCCCAGAUAGUGGCGCUGGCCAAACUGCUGCUAGAUCCAUAUUACAGGACCACAGAGGGUUUCCAGGUGCUAGUGGAGACGGAGUGGCUGGAUUUUGGCCACAAGUUUGCAGAUCGCUGUGGCCAUGGUGAGAAUUCGGAUGACCUAAAUGAGCGCUGCCCAGUGUUUUUACAGUGGCUGGACUGCGUCCAUCAGCUCCAGAGGCAGUUCCCUUGCUCUUUCGAGUUUAACGAAGCAUUCCUUGUCAAAUUGGUGCAGCACACCUACUCUUGCCUCUUUGGUACAUUCCUGUGCAACAAUGCGAAAGAGAGAGGAGAAAAACACACUCAGGAACGGACCUGUUCUGUCUGGUCUUUGCUGCGGGCAGCAAACAAAGCCUUCAAAAACCUGCUCUACUCCUCCCAGUCUGAAUCUGUGCUGUAUCCAGUGUGCCAUGUGCGUAAUUUAAUGCUCUGGAGUGCUGUUUACCUGCCGUGCUCUUCCCCCUCCACACCUGCUGAUGACACCUGUGCCCCAUACCCUGUUCCAGGCUCUAGCCCUGAAGAUCAGCCUCUGGGCAGGUUACCAAAGACGAGAUCAUUUGACAAUCUGACGACAGCCUGUGAUAGCAGCGUGCCUACAACCAAUCGACGCAGUAGCGACCCCAGCCUAAAUGAGAAGUGGCAAGAGCACCGCCGGUCCCUGGAGCUGAGCAGCCUCGGGAACCCCGGGGACGAUCCGUUUGAUGGAGACAGCCUGAGCAAGCAAGGCAGGGCUCUGGUUGGAGCAGAGCUUUCUGUUGCAGCCGGUGUGGCAGAGGGACAGAUGGAGAACAUUUUGCAAGAGGCCACUAAAGAUGAUGUUGGUCUGGAGGAGCACUUAAGGGGCAGCCUAGAGGCAGCAGGUAAAGCGGAUGAGAUUGCCCUGGAGAAGGAGAAGAGGACUGAAAAUCUGCAUGGGUAUGUCAGUGACCUCUGUGAAAAGACGGAGGUGGAUAGAGGUAUUGUCAUGAACAAUCCACAUCCAGUUUCACAAGGUGCUUCUGAGCCUAGAGGACACCAGGAUGAACAGACUGAUCUCAGUAACACUAUCCAGAAGUUACCUCAGGUGAAAGGACUACCGACUGUUCCUUUGGAGAGUUCUGUAAACAGAGACGCUCAGAAGAACACGGAGGAAGGUGUUAGCAAGCUUGAAGGAGAAGCAGAGAGCCCGUACAGCACAUUGCAAGCCAGCCUUCCGUUACCUCUUACAAUCCCACCCGAGGCAAGAACAUCCAACAUCGAAAGCUCUACGGAAACCUUAACAGAGAGUGAGGCCAAGCAGGAGCUGAUUGCUAAGGGUCCGUGCCACAGACCUCACCCGAUCGACAACAGUGCUGAUGAACUCUCGCGAACUAUUGAGAACAGGCCAGAGGGGGAAAGCAUGAUAGAGCUUCAAAAACUGGGCACAAAAGCACAUAGGACUUCUGGUAGCAGCAGCACACACCUCCCGAUGCCUUCCCCUUGUGCCUUGCCUUUAGCUGAAUGUAAAGAUGAGAUUGUCUGUAACGGAGAGCUGGAGCCCGAGAACAAGAUGACCGAGAAGCCCGUGGGGUUUAGCAUCAUGCAGAAAUACCACGCAACAAACGGGCAUUGCGUGAACGGGGAGGACGGCAGGAUCAAGGCCUCUCUGAGUCGGCAGGUCUCCGCAGCUAGCUGUAGUUCCGCGCAGUUUCACUUGCGGAACUUGCACCAAAAAUGGGUGUUCAGCCAUCCGGGGAAGCAGCAGGCAGCCAGCAGCCCGGACCAACCCGCCAGAAGUCACCUGGACGAUGAUGGGAUGCCCGUCUACACCGAUGUUAUCCAGCAGCGCCUGCGCCAGAUAGAAACCGGGCAUCAGCAAGAGGUGGAGACCUUGAAGAAGCAGGUGCAAGAGCUGAAAAGCCGGUUGGAGAGCCAGUUCCUGAACAGCUCCCUGCGUCUCAAUGGUGAUUAUGGAGACGAAGUGACUUCUAUACCCGACUCGGAAAGCAAUCUGGAUCAGAACUGCUUGUCUCGCUGCAGCACAGAGAUUUUCUCUGAAGCCAGCUGGGAACAGGUGGAUAAACAGGACACAGAGGUGACACGAUGGCUUCCAGACCACCUCGCUGCGCACUGCUACGGCUGUGACAGCACCUUCUGGCUGGCCAGCAGGAAGCACCACUGCAGGGACAUUGAACGUGUUGAUCAAAUCUGGAAUUGUGGAAAUGUGUUCUGCUCCAGUUGCUGUAACCAGAAGGUGCCAGUUCCAAGUCAACAGCUCUUUGAACCCAGCAGAGUCUGCAAAUCAUGCUACAGCAGCUUGCACCCAAGCAGUUCCAGCCUUGAUCUUGAACUGGACAAACCCAUCACUGCCACGUCUAAUUAAAGUUCCAGCCUAGAAGCAGCGGGAAGCAGCCGUGACUCUUCCCCGAACAGACACGCACAUUCUCGGUGGGCUGAGGCUGGGAGGAGGAGGGAGCCGUGCACUUUGGAGGCUGGGGCGUGGAACACUGCUCGGCGGGACAGACCUCGAGGACGUACCGCUGGAUUGUGGGAAUCUCCUUUUCCAGCUAUCCCCCCUUUCCUUUCUGUCCUAUUUGUGUGUAUGUGUGUGCGUGUACGCGCCGUGUGUGUGUAUAUAUAUAAUAAUAUAUAUAUGUUUGCUUGUUUGCUGGAAGAUUGUGGAAGUGGGAAGGGGGCUGGCACCGGAACCAGAUUUCCCUUGUGUAUUUAACUGCCCCACUGCUGAACUGUGUUGCAGACAGACGAUUUUAUGGAGGAAAGGAGAAGAGGGGAACCAGCCCAGCCAGUGUGCAAAGUGCAUACCUGUAGCGUCAGUGCUAGUGCUUUCAAUCACUCCUGUUACUUCCAAACAAGAAACUGCUGUUUGGGAACUCGUUGCUGCUAGAAGAAAUGGGAAUCUCUUUCCCAAGAGAGCACUCUCCCUCUCUGUUCUUAGAGUGGGCUUAGUUAUCCUCACUGCGUGAAGGGGGGAUCGGUCACAGGUUUCCACACUCAGCGGCUCUGUGCUCACACACACAAUCGACUUGUUUUAUCGCCAUCAGCCCCCUGGCUGUGGCUCUGAGUGGAAACACCUGCACGACAUUGGCUAUGGAAAGUGCGCGCGAGUUUGUGAGAGGUGAGAAGGGGAUUGACCAGGCUGCCAAGCCGAGCUUGGUUUUACACUGGCGCCUCUAGCUGAAGGUCUGUAAAUGCAAUUCGUUAUUUAAACCCAGUGGGAAAGUGGAAGACCUUCGACUUCUAUCCUUGUCCCAUCUGUAGGUUGGUUUACUCAACGCAAAGCUACUUCUGGAGCAGUGCACUUGUCCUGGUUCGUACAAGCAGUCUGCCAGGCUCUUGUUUAGGCCCGCACUUUAACGAGACUAUCCACAACAACGAGAGAACAACUGUGACACGCUGGUAUUUUCGCUGAGCUCAGUCCGUGAGUGCACUGGUGCUUGUCAUACUCCUGGGAUGUCUCCUCCUUUUUCAGUCUGUAUCCAAUAUACUCCAGAUAGGAAAAAACCUGCCUGAGGAUUACAUAAAGACCUAAAACACAUCAUGGAUUCCCCUUCUUCCUUCUGUCCCAAUCCGAGUCGCUUUUAAAGUCACCUCAUUAAAGUGUGAAUCUCUUGAAUAUAUGUUUUUAAACGAGCGUUAGGUACUCAGCCCCUGUUCCCCUUCGAUAGAGCCUGCUUCGUGCAGUUUGGCAAGGAAGAAACGCGUAUGGAAAUACCCUGCUUCACAGUGCAUUGCCUAGACUAAGUUAGGACUUCUCUUGUGAUACGCGCAAGAACACAACAAUCCUGCUGGAGUAUUUGAGAGUUUGAGAUAUAAAAGGUCAAAAAAAAAUCUAACAAGUCUUGGGACAGGAGUGCAUCCCUUCCCUGCAGUGUCACAAUCACGUAGUCCAAAGCGAGGAUCACACGGAGAAAACCAUCUGGGAAUAUUUAUUAGAUCUGAUGGGGAAGAAGUGACAAGGUAUGUAGUGUUUGGCGAUUGAACUUCCCACACCCUCUGCGAGGAUUGUUAACGCUGCUGCAGUUUGAGCUGAAGACUCACAAGAUAAUGAAUGUCUCGGAGGCUUAGCACAGCCGCCCGUGUCCUUAGGGGAAGGGGGUCAGGUAACAGCGUCUCCCCGGUACGCGUUUUGAAAUGGUUUGCAAACCAUCGGGUGGGAAAAGCAGAGAAAGAGCCGGGCUCUGCGGUCGAGUCGUGUCUCUAAGAACUUGCUCCUGAAGCAGUGCAGUAAAUCUGGAAGAGGACUCUAGGCGUGUAAAGCAGAGGGAGCUGGAGCGGGAGCGAGGUGACGUGCAGCUCCCGUCUCUGGCUUUUCGUCCGAGGUGGGCACUUGGAGGUGUGAUGCAGGGGACGUGGAGUAGUUCUGCACACUAACAUUGUGUGGUUUUGUGGUGCAAAUAGACAGUCAAAAAUAAGUCUAAGGUUCUGCAGUUCCUAAUGACAGGUGCCAAGAGGUUAUGAUACGGGUUUCUGGGGUCUGUGAUGUACAGUGUGAAUAAAUGCUUGCAGCUCUUAGUCUUUUUUUGAUCGAUGAAGCACUUUUUUAUUAAUAUUAUUUUUCUUUGUAUGUAAAGGAGGAACCAGUAUCUCUCCAUAGCUGUGUAUAUAACCCUUCUCUCCUAAAGAGAGUAAAGUGCUCCUAUAUUUUUCAUUUUUGUCAAAGCGAGAAGUAAAUACUUUAGAAUUGUUAAAUAUAUAAAUAAAAGUGAAUAAAGUUUAGAAUUUUGCAUGGGA